GUUUAUCAUCAGCUCCUCAAUAAUAGAUGAGAGCGAUCGUCCUGAAACCCAAGCACAUACCAGCACCCAUCUCAGAGGAGGAGGAGGGGGAUGAAUAAUGAAUCCCGAGUCGGGUGAAGCUCUGAAAGCAGGUCUUCACUCGCUCCCUCCCUCCCUCCCGCUGUCAUUAUCUGGGAGAGCCGACAGAGACAGACGGACAGGCAGAUAUCAAGGAUUGGGACUGGAAUUCAGGAGGGAUUUUCUUUCUCUUGCCCAGUAGAAAGUUGUUUUCGUUUGUUUCUCCUGGGAUCUUCAGCGUGUCAUGGUGCAAUGGGGGAUGGAUCAGCGGGGGUCCGGGCUCUCUGGUUGACAAUCUUCUGCUGUCUCCUGCCCAGCCUCGCUCAGGGUCUUAUGAUCCUGGACCCAGGGGAGGUUCAGUACAGGCACAUCCAAACCAAGGGCAUCGUGGGCCGGUCGGUGAUGCUGGAGUGUGGGCAGACGCUGCCCAACAUCUUCAUCUGGGGGUUCACCAAGCCGGGCACGGAGAGCAUCAAGGCGGUGGUCUAUAACUACGGACAGGGCCCCAAGCUGCAGAAGCUGGCCAGCAGCCUGGGAGACCUGAGCGUGAUCAGCGACAGCGCCUCUCUGGUCUUCGACAACCUGAAGCAGUCUGCGGAGGGACUGUACACCUGCCAGGCACUGCACGAGACCAGCACAGAAACCAAGCUCACCUACUUCUACAUAGACCUGCUCGUGCUGGUGCCCAUAUCGAAGCCCUUCAUCCAGCUGAGUGAGUCCUCGCCGGUGGAGAACGCCCCCUUGUGGAUGGUGUGUGCAGUAGAGAACGGGACCGGGCCGAUAAACUUCGUGUGGGAGCGGCAGGGCCGGGACGGGGUGUCGGUCCGGGUCAGCGAGUCCAACAGCAGCCUGAUGAACCUCACCGUGGUCAAUCGCAACCAGACGGGCUGGUACUCCUGCCUGGCCAGCAACGAGGUGAACCAGGAGCGCAGCGACACGGUCUGGCUGGACAUCAUCUACGGCCCGGACGAGCCAGUGAUUAACAUCACUCCGUACGCGGUGACGGAGCAGGGCUACUCAGCCGUGGAGCGCGACACGGUCUCCCUGCUCUGCCAGGCGCCCUCCAACCCACCCAGCCAGUACAUCUGGUUCUACAACAACUCCCAGGUGUUCUCCGGGCAGCAGUUCACCAUCAGCAAGAUCCUGCGCGGACACACGGGGUACUACACCUGCCUGGCCCAGAACUCCUUCCUCAACACGCGCACCAAGACCACCGUCACUCUCACCGUCUACUAUCUGCCAGAUGAGAAGCCAGCAUGCACGAUCCUCCCCGCUGACAAUUACACUCAUCUCUGUCUGUGGUGCUCCUGGCUGGGGGGGUACCCUCCGGCGUCCCUGCGCUGGAUCGGACCGGGGGAGAGGGAUCUGGGUGCUGGCUCGUUCUCCAACCUGACCCAAACCAGGACCGGAACAGAGACCCCCAACAACACCACCUUCACCUGCCUGCCGUCCCACCCUGCGCUGAGGAGCGAGGCCAGCUGCAACACCUCAGCGUUGCUUCCCCAGGGUGCGCCUCGCUGCUUCGCCGUGGCCACGCGGAACAACGAGUACCUGAUGCUGUCAUGCGGCUGGGAGGGGGGUCUGCCUCGCGCCCUGCUCUGGUGGUCCGCGGGUGACGGCACUGUCCUGGGGAGCUCCGAGGAGGCUGCCAACAUCCUGGUCCUCAAGUCCAGCGGGGUGUACAGCGGGAAGGAGUUUGUGUGCCGCGGAAAACACCCGCUCACCGUGCAGAGCCAGGAGUGCCGCUUCAAACUGGAGGCGCCGGUGCUGGUGACUCAGCGCAGCAUGGUCUCUGUGUUCGAGGGCAGCGACGUCCAGCUCACCUGCAUCCUCAAGGCCACCUACCCGGCCUCCGAGAUCAUCUGGUACAACAACCAGAACCAGAACGUGUGGGACGCCCCGCAGAAAUACCUGCUGCAGCGCGAGGCAGCCUGGUCCAACCUGACCGUGCGCGAGACCGACGGCAACCACGAUGGAGGAGAAUACUGGUGCGCAGCAACCAACGCUGUGGGCGGAGCACAGAUCCCCAUCACACUCAACGUGAAGAAGUACCCCAGCCCUCCCAACGUUACGAUCAGUAAGCUGCUGUACUCCCGUCAGCGCACCGAGGUGGAGCUGGAGUGGAUGACCAGGGGCUCCGGGGACCUGACCGGCUUCAUCGUGGAGAGGCAGGUGGCCAGGAAGUCUUCCCCGUCCUCCGGGACAGACCCAGCGGACAAGCAGGACAGAGCCCCCUCCUGGGAGACGGUGGCCGGACAGAUCGACCCUGACGUCAGGGGCCACAAGCUCAGCGGGCUGGACCCCACCACGCUCUACGCCUUCCGGAUCAUGGCUGUCAAUCACCGAACCAUGGGCCACCCCUCUGAGGUCAAGACUCCAGCGGACCCCCCCUUCAACGCGUACCCCGCUGUGAUCGGAGCCGCCGUCGCGGGCAUGAUUGUCGCCGCGGUGGGGACCAUGCUGGUUUUCCAAUACAUCAUACGCAACCGUGACAAUAACCCCCGCUUACAUGACAUGUUUUUUGGAAUACAGCCUGCAGAGUCACGUGAGAAUAUCAGUAACCCUGAAGAUGAGUGGGGGGCAAUGGGGAGCGAGGACGGAGGGGAGCCCACCCCACAGAACACGGAGGGGGCUGUCGCUACGGACUCUGCAGACCCCACCCCUUCCGCCGAAGCCCCUCCCCAGCCCCCACCGCCGGGAGACGAGAACGAACCAGUCAACGUCACCAUCACCGUCACGGCGACCGGGUGAGAGCCACGCCCUCCGCUCAGGCAGCCCUGCACCAAUCCUGUCAAGAAAUCACCUGGAAGCCCCUCCCACAAAGAGAGUCUCGCUGCUUUACACGCUCCUGCUCCGGUUCUGAUGCGCUCUUCAGUGAUGAUGUUG